GCGCUUCUUCACAAUGGCCGACCAAUAGAACGUGGCCGCGCAGUCGCAAGCGCCGAGCAGAAACAUCCAAGGGGGCAGCGCAGUCCAGCGCUGACAUUUUGUAAACAAUAUCACUUCCGCGCGCGUUGCGGACUUCGUUUUGCAGAUCCACGCCGACAAAAGCGCGAUGUUUGUCCACGUAGGCCUUCUUCUGAGUCUAGUCCUUGUAGUCACGGUCCAUGCCGGCUUCGGCGAGGACGAGAAUUGUUACUCCUUCGCCGGUGGCACCGUGUAUCCUAGUGGCACUAAACACGAGGGACAUCAAUUGCAUACUACCAAAGCUGUCAUUGGCAAAAGGGCACCUUACUGGGAAGGAACAGCUGUAGUUAAUGGCGAAUUCAAAGAGCUUAAACUUUCGAAUUACAAAGGCAAAUACCUCGUCUUCUUUUUCUACCCGCUCGAUUUUACUUUCGUCUGUCCAACGGAAAUCUUAGCGUUCUCAGACAGGGUCGAGGAGUUCCGUAAAAUAAACGUGGAAGUUGUAGCCGCGUCUGUAGACUCGCACUUUACUCAUCUGGCAUGGAUGAAUACACCGAGGAAAGAGGGUGGUCUCGAGAAUAUCAAAAUUCCAUUACUCUCCGAUCUUACGCACAAAAUUUCUCAGGAUUAUGGAGUUUACCUCGAUGAUUUAGGCCAUACUCUUCGCGCAUUAUUUAUCAUCGACGAUAAGGGUGUUUUGCGACAGAUUACAAUGAAUGAUCUUCCAGUGGGCCGAUCAGUCGAUGAAACUCUAAGGCUCGUGCAAGCUUUCAAGUAUACGGAUGAACAUGGUGAAGUCUGUCCAGCUGGUUGGAAACCAGGACAGGAUACAAUCAUUCCAAAUCCAAUCGACAAAAAGAAGUUCUUCUCUAAGAAUCAAAUAUAAAAACUUCUACGUUUUUUGUACUUGAUAAGAAAAUGAAUGCCUGGUUUUUUAUAAACUUUGUAAAUAAAUUUUAUCACAUUGAAA